UUCAGCCUGUGAGGGUUUGUGUUGGGCAACCCUCAGCGUGUCAUCUCUUCACUCACUUUAGCGAACCGGCUAGUCAGUAAGAGAAGCGCAGCUCUCAAAUGGGGCACUUAAAACACAGAUAAACCGACUGAUUACCCCCUCACCCGUGUUAUUUCGAGUGGCCAUGGGUGACACAGAGCUGGAGCUCUCCCCCGCCCGGCUUGAGGAGCUACAGAAGAGCCCGUCAGCCUCAUCCACCUCCACCACCUCCUCUCUUUCCCUGCCCUCUUCUCCCUCCUCUGGCCCUCGUCCCCUCACCAGCUCCAGCCCGAGCACCAGCGAUGGCCUGCCCACUUCCAGUCCUCCUCUGGAUGUCAUAUCUGAGGGAGUGGGUGAACUCAGCCUGGUAAUUGACACCGAGGUGGCAAAGAAAGCCUGCCAUGAGGUGCUGCAGAAGGUAAAGCUCCUGAAGGGUGAUGGAGAAGUUUCUUCAUCCAGCACAGAGCCCAGUCUGGUGAACGGUACUGUGCAUCCUGAGCCCACAGAUGCAGGAAGUGGUGGAGGAAAGCCUUCUAAGAUCAGCGAGGAGGAGGCAGAGCCUGUGAAGAGCGUACGGCGCCGUCAGAAGAACAACUCCUCCAAGCAGUCCUGGCUCCUGCGGCUCUUCGAGUCCAAGCUAUUCGAUAUCUCCAUGGCGAUCUCUUAUCUUUACAACUCCAAGGAGCCCGGCGUGCAAGCCUACAUUGGCAAUCGACUCUUCAGCUUCCGUAACGAAGAAGUGGACUUUUACUUGCCCCAGUUACUCAUUAUGUACAUCCACAUGGACGAGGACGUGGGCGAUGCCAUCAAACCCUAUGUUGUGCACCGCUGCCGGCAGAGCAUCAGUUUCUCUCUGCAGUGUGCCUGGCUGCUGGGGGCCUACUCAUCUGACAUGCACAUCUCCACGCAGCGCCACUCCCGUGGUACCAAGCUGCGCAAACUCAUCCUGUCCGACGAGCUCAAGCCCGCCAGCCAGCGCAUUCGCAGGGAGGUGCCGCAGCCUCCCCCUUCCUGCCCCCCUCCCUUCCAUCACGGUCAGGGCACGAGCGAACACAGCCUCUCGCCUUCUAAACGCACUCAUCAACGCUCCAAAUCUGAUGCCACUAUCAGCAUCAGUCUCAGCAGCAACCUGAAGAGAACCGCCAGCAACCCCAAAGUAGAAAGCAGUCAAGAUGAGGAUCUGAGCUCCAGCUCCGACAGCCUCGAGCUUGAGGCUGGUAAACCUGUGCGUUUGACUCCUCAGCGGGAGUUCAUCAAAUCUCUGAUGGGGAUUGGGAAGAGACUGGCCACUCUGCCCACUAAAGAACAGAAGACUCAGAGGCUCAUCUCUGAGCUGUCUCUACUCAACCACAAGUUACCUGCCCGGGUCUGGCUGCCCACAGCGGCCUUUGACCACCAUGUAGUCCGUGUGCCCCACACACAGGCCGUUGUGCUCAACUCAAAGGAUAAGGCACCUUACCUAAUCUAUGUAGAAGUUCUGGAAUGUGAAAACUUUGAGACGUCAAGUGUGCCUGUGAGGAUCCCGGAAACACGGAUCCGCAGCACACGGUCCGUAGAGAAUCUUCCGGAUUGUGGCAUCACACCCGACCAGCGUGCCAGCAGCUUCUCCACAGUUCCCAAUUAUGACAACGAUGACGAGGCAUGGUCUGUAGAUGACAUUGGAGAUCUGCAGGUGGAGUUUCCAGAGAUCCACACCAACAGUUGUGACAACAUCUCCCAGUUCUCAGUAGAUAGCAUCACCAGCCAGGAGAGCAAGGAGCCUAUUUUUAUUGCAGCUGGAGACAUCAGACGACGUCUGUCCGAGCAGCUUGCCCACACCCCUACCACAUUUAAGAAGGACCCAGAGGAUCCCUCAGCUGUAGCCUUAAAGGAGCCAUGGCAGGAGAAAGUGAGACGGAUCAGGGAGGGUUCCCCCUAUGGGCACCUACCCAACUGGCGUCUACUUUCUGUCAUUGUGAAAUGUGGUGAUGAUCUGAGACAGGAGCUUCUUGCCUACCAAGUGCUGAAACAGCUGCAGAUUAUCUGGGAGCAAGAGCGGGUUCCCUUGUGGAUUAAGCCCUACAAGAUCCUGGUCAUCUCUUCAGACAGUGGAAUGAUUGAGCCGGUGGUCAACGCUGUGUCCAUUCACCAGGUGAAGAAACAGAGCCAGCUCUUAUUGCUCGAUUACUUCUGGCAGGAGCACGGCAACUACACUACAGAGGCCUUUCUUACUGCUCAGCGCAACUUUGUCCAGAGCUGCGCUGGCUACUGCCUCAUCUGUUAUCUGCUGCAGGUGAAGGACAGGCACAAUGGAAAUAUCCUGCUGGACUCUGAGGGUCACAUCAUUCACAUUGACUUUGGCUUCAUCCUUUCUAGCUCUCCACGAAACCUGGGCUUUGAGACGUCCGCCUUUAAACUUACCAGUGAAUUUGUAGAUGUGAUGGGAGGUCUGGAUGGAGACAUGUUCAACUAUUACAAAAUGCUUAUGCUUCAAGGCCUCAUCGCUGCACGCAAGCACAUGGAGAAGGUCAUCCAGAUUGUAGAAAUCAUGCAGCAAGGUUCUCAGCUUCCCUGCUUUCACGGAUCCAGCACCAUCCGUAACCUGAAGGAGCGUUUCCACAUGAACCUGACGGAGGAGCAGCUGCAGGUGUUGGUGGAGCAGAUGGUUGAUGGUUCCAUGCGCUCCAUCACUACAAAGCUGUACGACGGCUUCCAGUAUCUCACAAACGGCAUCAUGUGAACAGUAGCGGAAACGUUCAGGCCAGGGUGCACACGAACUAAAGCUCUUGAAUUGGGGAAGAUGGCUGUACCACUUUUAAAAACCACUCCUAACGCCUGCCUCCCGUAUCCCCUAACCUAUCAGACUGUUUAGCUUUCAUUAUGGAUUUUUUUUUUUUACCAUGACUGAAGAAGUCUUGUGCUGUGAAGUAACUGUCUUUUCUCAACAGCCUUUCCUUUUGUUUAAACUCUUUAUGUUAGUCUUGUUUUUCUCUGGAUGUCCCUUCAGAGUUGAAUUUUACUCAGCUUUCCAGGGCCUCAUUUAAACACUAGGCUAGGCUGCUCUGUGAAUACCUGCUUUUACUCUCACUUGUGUACUGACUGAAGUCAACACAGCCCAUAUCAUUAACGGUUUUGUUUUUUUGUUUUUUGCUAAACCGCUAAUGCUGUUUACCUUGGAUGAAUAAAUUACUGGUAACAUUCAGAAUUUCAUCAUGCAUAUGUGAUGCAGUCUCAGCUGAGGUGUUAUGGUAAAAAUUAUGUUGUAUCUAGGCCUGUAAAUUGCAUUGUGUAAUGAGAGAAUUGGGUGGUAAACAUUGCUGCGUUGUCUAGCCUUGUCAAGUCAGUGUUACAUUAAUUGUUUUCUAAGAGAACUUCAAGUCACUCACGAAUUCUCUGCUGCACAAAUAAGAGGACCAUUAAGCAAUUAAACAUUUUUGCUUAAAGGGAUCUGAUUUGAACCGUUUAAACAACCCUGAUUUAAAAGGGUUGAUGAAACUGUUUAAUUUGUUGCGGAUGUUUUAAAUUGUCAAACACCAAAGACACAGACCAGCGACUUCACCAAUCAAAUAAGAGUUUUUCAACCUGGUCAAUUUAAUCUUUAACUGCUACAGAAACUAAUAUAAAAUAAUUAGGACUUUUAAAAUAUUCUGGUUUGUAUUCUAGGUCAAAUAAGUGUGGAAAGUGUAAAAACUAUUUUGGCUUUCUGCAUGCCUGGUGGUUGCCUUUUCAAAUGUUGCAGACUGAACUGCUGGAUUGAGAGACAUGAACACUAUUUAUUGCCCAUUUACAAAUAUUUCAUAUAAAUACAUGACUUAUGAAAUGCAUCUCUAUCAAUUUGUUUGUCUGUGGAUUUCAUUACAUUUUUGUUGUUUUGUUUGGCACAAGUUAUAAUCAAAGUUAUGCUGGUUUGUUCAGCUAACGGAAUUUAUAAUGUGCUUUUCUUACAGCUAACCUCAAGCUGAGGUGGGCAGCCAUGUAUAAAUGUGUGACUGUGAGCCACUUGAGUUUUUUUGGAUUGGCAAUUGUAUGGUGCUCAGAUGUUAGCAUGAAAAGUGGAAAGGGCUAUGAAAAAGUGGGAGAAAUCAACACAUUAAUUCUUUGUUUUAUGAAUUCCUACACAUGUACAUGUAUAAAAUUCCUUGCCUAAUAUUCUUUGUUUUAUUCUUGUGGGGCGUGUUGAGCCUUGUCUUAUUUCCCUGUGACACCAAUGCUAUUUAUCCAUCUCUUAUUAGUUUUAAUUAAUCAGUGAAAGCCCCAAUUUCCUUUCAUUUGUUUGCCUGUGUAAGGGCAAAUGAACGUGUACAUUUUCAAUGGCUUUUCUUUCUCUUUACAAUUUUAUACUUCUGUUUCAACGUCAAACACUUUUUCUUUCCUUUGAAACUUGCAAAACAGACCAGCUCUUAAGAACAUGUGAAUAACCUUCCUUGUGAAUGUUCCUUUGUAUAAUAAAUACAAUGUACCUGA